UUCAGCAGUGCCGCAUCGCAUAUAUGCACAUGUUAUAUUAUUCUCUCCCGUCAAGCCUGAACAAUCUGACACUCGGCCUCAAGGCCAAAGAUUUUCUCGGAGAAUUUCGCCAAACAGCAUGGAGUCAUGCCCUUCCAUAAAAAAUAUCCUGCUUUUGGAUUCUGAAGGGAAACGAGUCGCUGCUAAGUAUUACUCAGGUGACUGGCCCACAAAUAGUGCAAAGGAAGCAUUUGAGAAAGCUGUAUUUACCAAGACCCAGAAGACAAAUGCACGGACAGAAGCGGAGAUAGGAAUGUUUGAGAACAACAUCGUUGUUUACAAGUUUGUUCAAGACCUUCACUUUUUUGUUACUGGGGGUGAAGAUGAAAACGAGCUCAUCUUAGCCACUGUUCUUCAGGGAUUUUUUGAUGCAGUUGGCCUUCUUCUCAGGGGUAAUGUGGAAAAGAAGGAGGCACUAGAAAACUUGGAUCUCAUUCUGUUAUGCCUCGAUGAGAUUGUUGAUGGCGGUAUUAUUCUUGAGACAGAUGCAAAUGUCAUAGCAGGGAAGGUUGCAAGUAAUAGCAUAGAUGCUGGAGCUCCUUUGUCCGAGCAGACAAUAAGUCAAGCAUUAGCCACCGCACGUGAACAUCUAACAAGAUCCCUUCUUAAAUGAUGAAUCUUUAUUUAUUUAUUUUUCUUUUGUUUUUGUGUGUGUUGGGGGGGGGGGGGGGGGGGGGGGGGGGAUUCAGAGAAGCAGAGGAUCAAGGACGGAACCUUUUUUUUUAUUUUUUUCACUUUCCAGUUCCAUUAUAAUGGGUGUACUAGUUUAUAAGCAUAGAAUUCAUUUCGAUAUUCAUGUCUGGAUGUUAGUAACUUCGUGCAUUCUUUUAUUUAUUUAUUUCCCCUGUAAACUUGGGAGAUCAAAGGUCAAUGAAGGUGGUAUAGAGUUUUUGAGUA